AUUCUUAAUCAUUUAAAGAUAUGCAUCCACGAAAAGGUGCAAAUGGAAAGUCUUGUGAGAGAAGGUGCGACGAGGAGAGAGAAGGGGGAAUGUAAGAGAUUAAUAGCUGUGUGGGUUUCUUUGAAAGGCAUUAUCUCUCUCCCUCUCUCUCUCUCUCUAUUCCCUUGCCAUCUUUUUCGGAGAAGAACGAAUUCUCCAAGUAGUCCAAUCGUUCAUCUUGUAGAUCUCUCAUGGACGUCGGCCCUUCGGAGAACUCGGGGGUCAUGGAAGAGGAAGAGGAGGAGGAGGAGGAGGAACAGAGGAGGAGAGAAGAGAAGAGGGAGGAGGAAGGAGACAGUACGCAGCAGCUGAUACGGAAAGACGAGUCGAAGACCAACUUCUUAUUGGAUUUGGGUCUGUCGGCCAACGAUGGAUCGUCGUCUUCAUCGCCCCUGCUCGAGCUCAACCUCAUCGGUUCGCUCGGCUGGUCGAAUUCCGAGCCGCCGCCACCGGAGGAGGCGGCGUCGCCGGAGUCGGAGCCACGGGUGUUCUCCUGCAACUACUGCAAGAGGAAGUUCUAUAGUUCGCAGGCGCUCGGCGGGCAUCAGAACGCGCACAAGCGCGAGCGCAACCUCGCUAAGCGCGGCGGCCUGGGGCUCGGUGAUCAUGCCGCUGUCGGUUACAGGCUUUCGGAAAGCAUGGGGAACCUGCCCCUGCACGGGUCAUACGCCGGCGGGCCGCUCGGCAUGCAGGUGCACUCCAUGAUCCAUAAGCCAUACAUUGGAACAGCCGCUGGUUUGAUGUACGGGCGGCAUGGGUGGCUGCGGUCUCCGAUAGCCAACUCUCAGCCAGCCAUAGGACGGUUGUUGACGGAAGAGUUCUACGGCGGAGGAAGAGCACAGCCGGCGGCCAAGUUCGAGGAGGCGAUAGCAGCAGCAGCAGCGGUGGGUGGGAAGCACUGGGUUGGCGGCGGCGGCGGUGGUGGUAACCACUUGAAUCCUAGACAGGAGGAGUUGCCUAAGCUUGACUUGUCCCUUAAACUCUAGAGCAGCAGUUGACUUGACUGUAUAGCUUUCUAAUGCUUUGAUUCUAAUUUCUCUCUCAAAAACAAUUUGCACACUGUGCUACUUCAUGUUCAGUAAACUCUUUCUACUUUCUUCUGACUUUUGAUCUUUGUAUAGAAUAUAAUUGGUUGCUUUUAAA